AUGAGGGAGAUUGAGACGUUUCCCGAUGAAACGAGGUCGGAAUCACGUUUAAGGGGUCGAAAAGGUAAGCGCAAAAACUGUGCGAAUGUCACCUGCGAUGUGUUUAGAAUCGAGGAAGACUUUGGACGAGCCAGAGUUCAUGGUCAGUUUGGGAAUCCUGAAUUAGUGCAACAGGCAAUAGACGGUAGCCCAGUUGAUUGCAUCCAUUGGACUUCUGCAGCACAAAUAUCGUUGCUUGAAGAUGAAAUGCGCAGGGUCGAAAGAGUUUAUGUAGCAUUGAUGCUUUCCGGAAUGGGAUCUUCAUCAGAUGUAUUCAGAAUGGCAAGUUCUCGAUGGGAAAAGAGACGGGCAAAAGUUUUGGAACAAGCUAAAGUAAGGAUGAUGCAGCAGAAAGAUGGAGGUAAAACUGAUUCAUACUGGACCAACCUUUGGGGCAAGCCUAAAGAAUACAAUAAAUCAGAGGAGGAAGUGAAAGAGAAGGCAAGAAGAGCUGCAGGAAGAUGGAGGGAGCAUUCAAAAAGGGGUGUGGAUAAGGCUCCCUCUAUUAAACUUCCAGAGGCUCUCGCCAACAAAGAUAAUUAAUUUACCCCACCACUAAUCUAUUUUUACCUUUACUAAAGCUCAAAAAUCAAAUUUGUUUACUGUCUACCAUGCACUAGGUUUCCAUAGUA